CUCAAACGUGCCAAGCAAGUUGUUGUCCUUCGUCAUCGCGCGCUCGCCUUCGUAGACCUGGAUCAGCACGGCCGGCUGGUUGUCCGUGUAGGUGCUGAAGGUUUGGCUCUUGGUCGUCGGAAUCACGGUGUUGCGCUUGAUCAGCGGCGUCAUCACGCCGCCGACGAGCUCGCGGUUCAGCUCCUCGAAACGCGCGCGCGUCAGCUCGUACUCGAAGUCCGCGCCGUCGACCAACACGCUAACGUCGAAGGUGCCGCCGCCGAGGUCGUACACGAGAAUGUUGGUCUCUUUGUCGCUCUUCUUGUCGAGCCCGUACGCGAUCGCCGCGGCGGUCGGCUCGUUGAUAAUGCGGAUCACGUCGAGCCCGGAGCAAAUUAA